AUGCUUCAUUUCACGGUGGGCCUCGACCUCGAAUCACCGUCCGAUCGGCCGUAUUUAUCCACUUCCCUUCAAGAUUUCUGGGGCAAAAGGUGGAACCUUGCGAUGACAAAGAAUCUGUGGCGCACUGUAUAUAGCCCCGUGAAGUCAGCGUCGGCAAUCGUUGAACGGAGGAAUAAAUUAUUGGCCUCACCCACGGCCCUCACGGUGACUAUUUUUGUUGCCGGUCUGAUUCACGAGCUCCUCCUGUACUUCUUGACCGGUGGCGCGAAGCCCACAUGGGAAAUGACCUUGUUUUUUCUACUUCAUGGGUUUUGUGUCGCUUUGGGAGUGGCAGUAAAGAAGAAAGCUUCCAGUGGUCGGUGGGAGACGAAGUUGCCCCGGUGGGUGUCGGGGCCGUUGACAAUUGGGUUUGUGAUGUUGACCAGUUUCUGGCUCUUCUUCCCGCCGUUGAUUAGGAGUUGUGUCGAUACCAUGGUUUUUGAACAAUUGAGAACGUUUGCGGAGUUCUUCGGGAUAAAAUGCUAUCCUAAUGUUGGUGCCGCCGGAGGUGUUAAAUUUGAAUUUUAG